AUGGAUGCCAAGCCUGCUGAUGCGGAAUCGCAUGCGCAAUCACGUCCCAUGGAUGUCACAGCACGUAGGUCUCUUGAGAUACACAUACUAACCCAGAAUACUACCUAUAACGUGGCAGUAAACUUACCUUUAUCACCGAAUAGGCCAACUACAGAAUUUCUCGACCCCCAAACACAACGAACAGACGAUGGUGAUAUCACCGGCUGUGGCGAAUUCGAUGUGGAGACCAGUUCUGCAGUAGUGUACGACAAUGAUGAUUUGGAGUGCAAGAUAAGCAUACGCUUGAAGGAAGACUUCCUGCUCAAUGGUAUGAAGGUGAGUCUUAUCUCACGCAUAGUAUAUAGACGCAUUCACUCGAGCUCUUUAUUACAAGAAACAUCCAGCACAACACAGCCGAUUGAUAUAACAAUUCUACUUCCGGGGGAGCUGAAGGUAUUCACAGUGAACUUCUUAGUGCCGAUGUUUUCACCACCCUCAUUCCGCACACGCCAUGAUGUAUAUUUGGGCGAAGAACUGAUACAUCUAGAUGCAGAGGUACAGUGGUUGAUAGUGCUCGUAGGUAAGUAUCCCGGAGAGAAGACUACUAUAAACGGGGUUGUCGAGGAAAGCACGACAUCAGCAACAACUGAGAGCGUUCUAGCGCUGAAGCAGAUCACCAAACGAACUCUAUACCAGCCCGAGUCACAGUACAUCAAAGUGGAAGGUAUAUCAAUACCCCAUGUGAUGAGUGCGAUUGCACCGUCGUUUAGGAAGGCCACACUUGGCAACGGAGAAGGUGGUUGCGAUGGUAUCCAGUCGCAUGAUUCUAAAGAUAGCUUCGGUAGUUCGUAUGGGGUGGGGCCUGCGACCGGUGUAAGCCGUACUGGACUGCUCACAUCGCAGGCUAGUGUAGGUGGAAGGGAUGAGCAUGAGGAAGAGGAGAUGGAGGUCAAUAGAGACACUGUCGAUGGGAGUCUGUAUUAUACCAACAGCAGAAGCGGUGAGUACACUAGAGAUGCCACUCACGGUAACCAAGGUAGUAUGCCGAGUGCAAGUCAUAACAGCAGCAGCCCCUCUGCACGAUCGCCGAGCACGCACAAGCCGGAGAUGACGUUUAUGUACGACUCGAAUCAGCCAACGAACUAUUCAGCAGAUUGUGCCUAUGCAGACAUGGAGACCACAUGCACAGGACCGCCAAUGACAGGUGUAGGGGGCAAGAUACCGGCAACUAAGUAUCAGAUGGUGAUGCGUGCAAAGAUACCGGGCAUGAUAAACACAGACGAGGUGUUCACUGUGAACGUGAAGGUGAGGGAUGUGAGUAAGCUGCUGUAUGUGAGGCGGGUAAGAGUGCAGCUGAACCAGAAUGUGACGUACAUGUACGGCGACCAACGGAGGCAGUGGAGCACGGUGGUGGCCAGUGCCAAGGCCAAGCCGAAGACAGGGCCACAAAAAAGGACUGUUUUGUCCUGUGACGUCAGACUGGAUACCGCGCAGAAGAAGUACCGACGUGAUUUCCGGGACUUUGCUGCUGAGUCGUACUUGGAGAGUUAUCCCGUGCCUACAUGUAUAGUGACCAACAAGCAUAAUAAAAUACUGCUGAGCGUAGAGUAUACCGUUACUAUCAAGUGCUAUGUGCGUGGUGGUAAGGAUAUUAGGAGGAUGGUACCCAUAGUUAUGGAGAGUCGUACAUCUCUACCUGAAACCGUAGGUAUAUCGGUAUAG